CCCGAGUGGGCGCGCAGCGACGCAGCGCCCGGCCGCCAGGAUGGGCAAGCGGGGCAAGAAGGAGAAGCGGGCCAGGGGGGCCGAGAAGGCGGCCGCCAAGAUGGGGAGGAAGGUCUCCAAGCGGAGCAGGACGGAGGAGGAGGAUCUGGAAGCGCUCAUAGCCGAAUUCCAGACUCUGGAUGCUGGAAAGACGCAGGUGCUCGAGGCCCCCUGCGCCCCUCCGUCCCCAAGGCUCAACGCUUCGCUCUCUCCACAUCCCGAGAAAGACGAACUCAUUCUGUUUGGAGGUGAAUAUUUCAAUGGCCAAAAAACAAUCCUCUACAACGAGCUCUUUGUUUACAACAUCCGGAAGAACAGCUGGGCUAAAAUCGAUACUCCAAGCCCUCCGCCUCGGCGCUGUGCUCACCAGGCUGUGGUGGUCGCUCAAGGUGGCGGACAGCUUUGGGUGUUUGGUGGGGAAUUUGCUUCUCCAGAUGGGGAGCAGUUCUACCACUACAAAGACCUCUGGGUCUUGCAUUUGGCCAGCAAAACAUGGGAGCAAGUCAAGGCUUCAGGGGGACCCUCUGGGCGGAGUGGACACCGGAUGGCCGUGAGCAAGAGGCAACUGGUUGUCUUUGGAGGCUUCCACGAAAGUAGCCGAGAUUACAUCUACUACAACGAUGUUCAUGCUUUCAACCUGGACACAUUUGCCUGGUCCAAGCUGGCUCCUUCUGGCAUCACUCCGGCUCCGAGGUCAGGCUGCCAUCUGGCUUCGACGCCCGAGGGCAACAUCGUGGUCUACGGAGGCUACUCCAAACAGCGAAUUAAGAAGGACGUUGACAAAGGGACCCUCCAUACGGAUAUGUUCCUCUUGAAUGCUGAAGGCUUGGACAAAUGGACUUGGACCCGGGCGAGUCCUUCUGGUGUGAAGCCCAGCCCCAGAUCCGGCUUCUCGGUGGCCGUGGGCCAUGGCAACCGAUCUCUUCUCUUCGGUGGGGUGCACGAUGAAGAGGAGGAGGAAUGUCUUGAAGGCGACUUCUUCAAUGACAUUUACUUCUACGAUCUGGCAAAAAAUCGGUGGUUUCCUGGACAGUUAAAGGGGUUGAAGUCCGAGAAAAAGAAAAGGAGGCGAGGCGCAGCGAAAGAAGAGCCCCGUCUCUCUCUGCAAGACCAGGCUGGUGGUGGAGGGGACGAGGUGGAGAGGCAGUCCCCCCCAGGCCCUGUGGAGGUUGUCAAGGAGGUGGUGGCAGAGGAUGGGACCGUCAUGAUCGUCAAGCAGCUGAUCCCAGUCCCCCAAGGGGAGUCACCAGAGUCGGAAGGAGAAGAGGACGGCAAGGGGAACGAAGCCUCCAAGCCUCCAGUGGAGCCCUGCCCACGUUCCAAUGCCAUGCUGGCAGUGAAGCAUGGGGUGCUCUACCUCUAUGGGGGGAUGUUUGAAGUGGGUGACCGCCAGUUCACUCUCAACGACCUCUACGCCCUCGACCUCCACAAAAUGGAAGAGUGGAAGGUCCUUGUGGAGAUGGACCCAAAAACUCAGGAAUGGCUUGAAGAGUCUGAGUCUGAUGAAGAUGUGGAAGGUGCCGAGGGAGGAGAGGAAGAGGAGGGGGAAGAGGACUCUGAGGAGGAGGAGAGUGAAGAAGAUGACAAGGAAGAACAUCCAGCUGUGCAGCAGGAUGAAAAGUUUGCAGACUACCUUUCCCGGACAGAGCAGUACUGGAUGAAUCUGGCCCGCCAGAACAUGGGCCCUGAUGCCAAAGAGAAGACGACAGUGAAGGUGGGACAGGCCAUGGCGAAGGCAUUCCAUGAAAGUGCUGCCUAGGCCAGGCUGAAGACGACUGGGGGCCAAGUGGGUGUGCUUGGCCAAUCCUGUCCCGCACAGGGGUGCUCAGUGCAGGAUCUGACCGGCACUUGAUUGCUUAGAAGGCCUGUGUUAAAUAAGUCACCUCAGUCAAGAAUUUGAGAGUAAAGUAAUCAAUGCAUGCUGAGAAAGCCUGAAAUUUUCUUGACUAAUGUAAGCAGAGGCAAUGUUUAGAGGGCACAGGUUUGCCCCUGGGGUCUAAUCCUUGACAGGCAGGGAAAUGGUGUUUCCUGGAGAACUGCAUUCAUGAUCCCCAGGAAAAUGCAUCCCACAAGGUUCUCGCUGUGUCAUAAAGCUAGCUAUAUCAGAGAGUCACUGUUAUUCCUGGGUCUCCUGGGCACUUCUGGGUUGUGGUUGUGUGAAGGGCUGGGGGAGAGAACUUUCUGAUGGCCCUGUGCAUGUACAUUUAGGCUAGAAACCAGCUGAGCAGGGGAAGAGAAAGAGGCAUGAACAUAGUAGAAAACAUUUUGGGAGAGAGCGGCUGGAAUAAGACCUUGAACCUUGAACAGAAGCCACAUCUCACAUGGGUGAAGUUAUGAGGCUGGAAGCUGGAAUUUGCCAUUUUAAGAGCGUUUACAAAUAAAACUGCUGUUGCUCGUUA